UAUGACGCAGGACGCGCCGUAUUUAAACUUGUUUUCAUUAUCACGGAAGUGAAACAGGACCGUUUUCACAGGCUGAUGUUGAUAUACUUCCACACUUAGGCGCUCAUUCUUGUCACCUCACUCAGUCCAGACAUGGCGGCGAAGGGGGCCAAGGAGACUAUCGUGAAUAAACUGGGCUUUAAAAGCAGCAGCUCCAAACCAGUGGAGAUGGAGCUCGAGAAACUGAAGAGAGAGAAUCAGCAGCUGAAGAAAAGCCUGGAGGACACGAAGAGAGCUGGAAGACAGCCAAACACACAUCCAGACUCGGACAAAGCCAAACUCCUGGAGAGGAUCUUGGCCCUGGAGACGCUGAGGGAGAGGAGCUCGCAGCAGCUGCUGGGGAAGGAGCAGGAGAUCUCCAGCCUCAGACAGCAGCUGCGUGCCGCUCACGGGGACGUGGUGUCUUCACUGCAGAGCCAGCUGGAGCAGAAACAACAGGAGGCCCAACAGAGAGAGACACAGUUUCAGGCUCUCUCGAAGGAGACCGAAGACCUGAAAAACAAGUAUUGUGCUGUUUCUGAGAGGUGUGACACACUUGAGAAGCAAAAGGUUCCGUCUGGUGAGCUUGCGGGGGUUCAGGAGCAGUUGCGAGACGCUCUGGAGAAGAACCAUAACUGGCUUGUGUAUGACCAGCAGCGGGAGGCCUACGUUCAGGGCUUUUUGGCCAGGACAAAAGAGUUAGAGACGCAGCUAAAUGAAGCGAAUCAAGCACUCCAACAACAGCACAAAGAAGCCAAUUCAGAUUGCCAGUCCGGACAGGUGGCUCAGCGUGAGCUGGAGACCGAACGCGCCCAAUUCAGCCGAAUCCAGACAGAACUGGAGGAUCUGAGAGGAAGGUAUGAGGAGAAGAGCAGGGAAGCGGCUCAGGCCCGGGAGCAGCUCUUGGAGGAGAGGAAGCGCAAGCGGGAGGCUUUGCAGGAGAGGAGGCGUUCAGCAGAGCGAACCACUCGACUGCAGGGAGAGCUGGAGGAGGAGAGGAAGAGGGUGGCCGAACUACUGAUGCAGGUGAAUCUACUGCAGAAAUCCCUGAUGAAUCAGCAGGAGGAGAAGAAAAGAAUCGCUAUUUUGGAACAACAGAUCCAGUUGCCGGCCAAAGAAUUUGAAAGUGAUAAACUGGACCGUCAAACUCUACAGCACCAGCUGCAGAAAGUUUUGAAAGAGCUUCGUAAGGCCAGAGACCAGAUUACACGCCUGGAGUCUGCCAAACAGCAGAGAGAGUCUCGCUUCUCUGAGCCCAGCUCCUAUAACAGGAUGGAUUUUGAAAGACUUACUAUUCAAGAUCAAACCACAUCUCCAUCUAAAGUCCAUAACAUACUAGAUGAGAGUAUCCUGGAGUGUCCAAACUGUGGCGCUUCAUAUCCCACCAGCCAGCACAGAGAGCUGCUAGCCCACCUCGACUACUGCUUCAGCUAAAAAACACGCUUUGUGCUAAAACUUCUUUGUUUAGGGCACUUUUUAUUGUAGCCACCAUUCCAAAGAAAUGUUUCAGUAUUUUUUAUUUUUAAAGAUUUAUUUUUGGCAUUUUUAUUUUGAUAGGACGGUAUAGCAGUGACAGGAAGCGAAGUAGGAGAGAGAGAGAGAGGGGGAUGGGACUCGAACUCGGGACGCCCGGAGCGCAACGGCACUAUAUGGUGGCGCGCUGCCCACUAGGCUAUUGGCGCCGACGAUGUUUCAGUAUUUUUAUAUUAACAAGUGUUUUAUUAUUAUUUUGAAGAACAAAUAUAAGUAGUCAAAUAAAAAAAGUUUGAAGGAUCUUUACUAGAAUAUUCAUAGAAGUAGCGGUUUACAUGGGGGAUAUUUAAAAAAUAUUUUAAUUUAUGAAUUUUAAAAAAUGAAUGUUUUUUUCCCGCUUAGUUCUCUUUUGGUGACAAGGUUGAUCUUUUAUUUGCAGUUUUCUUACAUACAAUAAAUAAAGCAAUAUUUAGCUUCUUUUUUUUUUUUUUUCAAUCAGUGUUGUACCUAAAAAUAAGGUUAUUUACAGAGUCCUUCACUGAAUUGUGUACUCCACUUGAAUGAAUAAAUGGAAAAAGACAGUGUGGUUUGUUUCCUAGUUUGCCCUUGUAUCCUCAUGAUACCUCUGAAGUGUUAGAUGUCUGGGAGCCACUCAUUAGCAUCCGUCAGUACUUACUUUGCAAACCAAAUCUGUCUUGAAUUAGACUGCAUGUGUAAAUCCUGCAUUAAACUAUUUAAAGAUGGGAUUAAGUGAAGCACAGUAGCCGGAGGAGAACGGGUCUAAUUCUAGGGAAGUGCCAUGCAUUAUUUUACCACCAGGCAAACGAUAUGAGAGAAAAACUGGUCCAAAUAAUUUUGUAGAAUCCUUCCAAUGUCCUACUGAGGUUAUUUACACUCUUCCGUUGACAUAUUUACAUAACAUGAAAUUUCAAGACUAAAUGGUGCUUUUAUUUUUAGUGCAUAUAUCAAAAAUGUAAUCUGAUUUCUUGAAAAUAUGAAAUCAUUUGUAUUAUUUUCUAUAUAUUUAUAGUAUGCAUUAUAUAACUUGUUUAAUCUAAACUAUUUAAUUUUAUAACCUGAUUUUAGUGAUAUAAAUCUUAACUAUAUAAAUAUAAUUCCUGCUUUUAUAUAUAUUAAAAAUGAAUUUUUUUUAAUGAUGUUUCUAAUUAGAAUGCAAAUUAACAGAAGUUUAUAAAUAUUGUACAUAAAUAUAUAGAUGUACCUGUAUAUAAUAUAAACGUGUUUAUUACAUUUUGAAGGAAGGUUAAUAAUGGCAGUGGCUGAUUGGCUGAAUGUGGUUAUUUCCUCAGACUGAUAUAUAAUCUGUGUGCUGACAGCAGUUACUCUGUAUCAUGGUCCAAGUUGCACAAAGUGUUUGUUAGUAGAUCUGU